CCCAAUAUCUGCCUCUCGCAAGAUUCGUCAAUAAAACUCUGUUAUACCUUUGUCUGAAAACCCAAUUGGAUUAUGUUCGACCACUUCUGGUUAAUAUAGUUACACGGAAUGGACUUUUUAUGACGCUCGUCCAAUAUUAAAAAAGGAAAAUCGUAGGUUGUGUACUUCUCGAUACAAUGUUAUGAUUAGUUCAUUACCCAAAGGCAGGAGGAAUAGAAUGGGAAUAGAUUAUGCAACUUUUGUUAUCCCUUCAUGGAGCUAAUGAAAAUGAAUUGGAUAGAUACGAUAUUGGUUACUCUCCUAGCACAUCUCUACCUUUUGAUCAAUAUUACACCGACUUAUGCCUCAUCGAAAGAUUUAUUCAGUGAAGAUCCAUAUGCAGAUGGAUCGAACACUUCAUCAGAUAGUGCCAACAUAGAAGACUACAUCCAACUUCUAUCUUCUGUUCUGAUGAAGCCUUGGCCUUCUGGACUGAGCCCCCUGGUCUACAUAGAGAAAGAAUUCGACCAGAUCUUGAGAAAUGAAGAUGCUCAGAUGUAUUCUGAAUCUUCCAAUUUAUCGGAAGACAAGCGCUCAAAGUAUUACCGCAAAUUUCCCUUAAAACGACAAAACAAAUACUUGAGAUAUGAUGCCGAAAAUCGUUAUAUGUGCCUUCCUUCCAAAGAAGAAGUCUUCAAACUCUUCGUGGCACUACACGAAACUCAACAAGGAAAAAGAGGGAAAACUGUGAGUUUCUGCAACAGAAAAAGGCCAGCGAGAGCCGUUUUCACAAAUAUCAGGUUUCUGGGAAAAUAGGAUGAACCAAUCGAAAUUUUAUACUUUAUAUUUCAUGAUACGAAGAACGCAUUUCAGAUUAACAUUUUUUAUGAUAGUGGACUUGGUGAAUGGUCAAAAAUCAAGCUUUACUUCAAGAAGAAUGGUUGAAUUAAAUGACCAUAUCCUUGUUCUUGAUUCGAAUCGAAUUGAUUCUGAUCAAUGAGUGGAAUCAAGUUUAUAUAGUGAGUGAUAUUUGUACUCUGUGUCAUUGUGAAACUGACUAAAUUAAAAUGGGUAUUUUUCUUUAGAAAAUUCCAAAUUUUAGAAUUUAGAUUAAUCUGGAAUGUGACUUCGAUGACAAUGUUUUCUAAACGAAGAUGCUCAGAUGUCCACUACAUAUCCGAAAGUUUUAUGGUUGAGUAAAUUUCCUCAUUCAAUCAACCGAAUAUAAUUUUGAAUGUUUGUAUCUGAACAUAUCUUAAGGAAUGAAAUACUAGAAAUAAAAGGAGAAGAUUUAAAGGUGACUGUAAAAUCAUAUCAGUUUAAUGGAUUAUAGUAGAAUUAAAGAGAUGUUCCAAAAA